AUGUCGGCCUUUCGCGGCAACGUGUUCCGCGACUUCUUCGGCGAGGACCCCUUCGAGCAGAUGGACAGCAUGAUGGAGUCCAUGUUCAGGGACCCCUUCUUCGCGGGCUCCCACCGCAGACACCCGGGCUACCACGACCGCCAGGUGGACCGGCGCGGGGACGGGCGCCAGCGGGCGCGGGGGCCCGUGAUCGAAGAGGUGGAGGACGAGGGCGUUGGAGCGGGGGAGUACCAGGAGGAGCCGAUCAUCGAGGAGCCGGGCGAAGAUGAGCAAUACUGGAACAAUCAGGACCACCAGCAGAGACGACACUCCGGGCGCCACCGGGAGCGGCGUCAGCCUCGUGGUGACAACAGCGCUGUGUCCAGUGGCUUUCGAAUGGAGAUGGGGCCCAACAUGAUCCCCUCACUGACUACAUUCGGCAAUGGGCCAAGCACCACAUGCUUCAGCUACAGCAACACCUACUCAAGCGGCUUUGGACCCACUCAAGUGUAUUCAUCAACAACCACCUCAAGAAUGGGCCCCGGUGGGGUUCGUGAAACGCAGACGACAGUCCGGGAUGGCAUGGCAGGACAGGAGGAAAUCUCCAUCUCCAGGGGAAUUGGGGAAAGGGAAAGGAUCAUUACAAGAAGACGGGACGCUGCUGGACGUGAGGAGACCAUCGACACACUACAGCACAUGACCCCUGAGGAGGCUGCUGGAUUCGACCAGGAGUGGAUGCAACAGGCAGGGAGGAACCUGCCAUCCUUCGGAGGCAGUGGCACUGGCAUGGGUCGCAUGUUGGAGCAGCCAAGGUCUCAAUCAGGUGGACGUCCCCAGAUCGGGUACAGGGGCUACAGGAAUCGCUACGCGUGA